AUGGGCUGCUGCCAAUCCGCCGAAGCGCACGACAACGGACAAGGACCAUCAAAUGCUGGCAACAACGCUAGACCAGUUGCUCUGAACCAUGCCAAUCACUCUUCCUCCCAAGCUGCUAUCAAUCGACCUCAUCAUGUGGCCCGAAGCCUUAGUGAAGCCGGCGCAUCGACCCGGCCUUCGACGCCCCCUCCACAAGUCUCUGAUGAUCGUCUAAACAAGCCCUUGCGAUCACCCUCGCCUAUACAAACCAGUCCGACGACGUUCCUACAGUAUCCUGCUCCUUGGUCGAGGAGUAGACUCGAUAAGCAGAGGGAAGAGUUCUUUGAGACACGAGUCACUGGUGAUGCGCAGGCAUGGAUCGCCGUGCGACGGGUCUGUGAGCUGUUGCGUGAGGAUCAGAUCGCGGAUGCACAGGCAGUGCUCGACGCGAGUGGUCUUACAUGUCCUCGCGGCCGAGUCGUGAGGGCAAGAGGGAAGGAGAGAAGACAUGGUGGCAUAUAUGAUGGUACUGGGAAGCUGUACGAGAUACCUGAGUGGGUUGUACGAGAUCCUCAGGACACCAUCGAGGACACAGCCACCGAGAAGGACGAGGCGGAUGCUGUAGCUGGAGUCGAGGACGACGAUACCGACGAUGACGAUUUCAAGUCCGCUGGUUCUCCUAUGGCCUCACCACGGCAGGAGAAAGGGAAAGGCAGAGCACGGUCAUUAGGGAGAGAGAUCAAAGUCAGAUGUCGACUCAGCGAUAGAAGCGAAGAUUUGAUCGUCAAGUUCCAGGAGAAGGAGCCAGCUAGUGUGGUCGUGGAAAGGAUCCGAGACAUAGUUGGCGAUAAGCGCGUGCAGUUAAUGUUCUGUGGGAAGCCUGUUGGUAGCGACGCCCCACUGCUUGGCUUGAAUGGGUGGAAAGAGGGUAUGGUUAUCAAUACGUUCAUCAGCUGA